GGGUUUAGCUAUUGAUGAAAUGAGAAGGAUAGUUUGUGCUUAUAAGGAUGAAUCAUCAACCAAUGGUUCAUAUGAAGUCAAGCUGCUCCAGUUUUUUGGUGAUUCUGGUAUGUGCAUCUGUGGUGGUGAGCUUGGAAUACAGGGGAAGGACAGAGGAAGUGGUUCUGAGGCAAUUAGUUGACCUAGCAACUGGGUAUGUUGAUAAGGACGCGACAGAGCUACUUUGCAUCAUUUGCAAGGUAGAUUUUAUUCAACUGAAGGAAGCUGAUGAAAAUCUUAACUUCUGUUUCCCUGAGGAAACAUUUAAUGGGGCCAUUGAACUAAGGUCCAAGGGUUGGUCAGUGUCAAAAGAAAACAUUCAGAAAUUGAUUAAAGUCCAGCAUCCCCAGUUAAAGGAAACUCUUUUAGAUUGUAUAAGAAAGGACAAUCAUCUGUUCCAUGUUUCUGGAGAUGAAGGUGGUGCAGAUAAUUACCACACAAAGUGUGCUAUUGCAAGAAGGAAUUUGCUUCAGAUCAUCUCAGAGCCCCCAGCCCCAGUGCCAGCUGUUGGAUCGCCAUUUCCUAGUCCCUCACCAGCCCCAGAUCUGGCACCUUCUCCAGCUUCUACUCCAAUCUCUGUCCCUUCACCACAAGAACCAUUUUUUCCUCACCUAACACCACCUCCUCCCAGUCCCAGUGAAAGCUCUUCUAGUCAAACCUCUGGUCCUAUUGAGCCAGAUAAUGGAAAUAACCAUAAAACAGUAGUUAUUGCAGUAGUUGUGACUGCUGGAGUGACAUUUGUUGUUGCGGCAUUGUUCUUCUUGCUCUGUACUAAGGUUUGUUGGAGAGGAUCUGGAGCUAGACGAAAUGAUGAAAGGCCCCUUCUUAGCCUAAGCUUAAGUGACUAUUCUGUUGGUUCUACACAUAAAACUUUUGGCUUAGGAAAUUCUAUCGAACAAGAUAAGCUUGGUCAUCAUUCUGUUGAUAAUAUAUCAAGCCAUGAGAAAAUGGGAUCAUCUAUGGAGAGCCUUUUUAACAAGUCUGAUGCUCUUAAUGUAUCGCUAGAUGAAAGUAUGUCAUUAGGAGCUUUUAGUGCUGCUGCCAAAUCCUCUGGUGACAGCAAGAUGAACACACCUGUACCACAUCCUCCAGGAAGGACAGGCAGCAACCCUUUUUUGAAGCCUCCUCCUGGAAGGGCAGAACCACAUCCUCCUGAACCACCUGCUAGUAUCAGGCUUCCUCCCAGUAAGGCUGGUCCUACUCCUCCACCUCCACCUCCCCCUCCUGCACCAACUGCGCCUGCAAAAUCAACCAAUAGUGCGGGCCCCCGUCCCCCUGGUCCACCUCCACCACCACCUAUUGCUCCUGGAGUGAAACCAGGUCCGCGCGCUCUACCACCUCCAAUUGGAGUUUCUGCUCCUCAACCACCACCACCAAUGCCCUCAGGUCUAAAAGUUCCUCGACCACCUCUUGGAUCAAAGCAUCCUUCCAAUACUGCAUCCAGUGAAGGAGCUGGUAUGGAGGAUGAUGCUGAUGCUCCUAAAGCCAAGCUAAAGCCAUUUUUCUGGGACAAAGUUCUAGCCAACCCUGAUCAUUCCAUGGUUUGGCAUCAGAUUAAAUCGGGAUCAUUCCAGUUCAAUGAGGAGAUGAUAGAAACCCUGUUUGGAUAUGCACCUGAUAAAGACAAAAAUGAACGCAAGAAAGAGUCUUCCUCCCAAGAUCCAACAUCCCAUUUUAUUCAAAUACUUGAUCCCAAAAAGGCACAAAAUUUAUCAAUUCUUUUGCGGGCACUGAAUGUGAUGAUAGAAGAAGUCUGUGAUGCACUUCGUGAAGGAAAUGAGCUUCCUGUAGAGCUCGUUCAAAAUUUGUUGAGGAUGGCACCCACAGCAGAUGAAGAACUGAAGCUUAGGCUCUACAGUGGUGAACUUUCUCAACUUGGGCCUGCUGAGAGGUUCCUAAAAGCUUUGGUUGACAUCCCAUUUGCUUUUAAACGAUUGGAAGCACUGCUUUUCAUGUGCACUCUACAGGAAGAGAUCACCUCCAGUAAAGAGUCUUUUGAAACCUUAGAGGUUGCUUGCAAGGAGCUCAGAAACAGUCGAUUGUUCCUCAAGCUUCUAGAAGCUGUUCUCAAAACAGGCAACCGAAUGAAUGAUGGAACAUUCCGUGGUGGUGCACAAGCAUUCAAGCUUGACACGCUUUUGAAAUUAUCUGAUGUAAAAGGAGCAGAUGGGAAGACUACUCUCUUGCACUUUGUUGUUCAGGAGAUAAUUCGCUCUGAAGGUGUGAGAGCUGCUUGUGCUGGACAAGGGACCCGGCGCCUUUCCAGUGUCAGUAUAAAAACAGAUGAUCUCCUUGAGGAAAUUUCCACCGAUACAGAAGAGCACUAUCGCAGCCUUGGUCUUCAGGUUGUUUCUCAUUUGAGCAGUGAACUAGAAAAUGUCAAAAGAGCAGCGGUUGUGGAUACUGACAACUUAACAAGAUCUGCUGCUAAACUUGGGCAGUCAUUGUUAGUAACCCAAAAUUUCCUGAAUAAAGACAUGAAGAAUUUAGAGGAAGAUAGUGGAUUCCAUCAAACAUUGAAAGGUUUUGUGCAGAAUGCUGAGGUUGAUGUCAUGUCACUUCUGGAAGAAGAAAAGAGAAUUAUGGCUCUGGUGAAGGGCACUGGUGAUUAUUUCCAUGGGAAUGCAGGGAAGGAUGAGGGCUUAAGAUUAUUUGUCAUUGUGCGAGACUUUUUAAUAAUAUUAGAUAAGGUAUGCAAAGAGGUGAGAGAGGCACAAAAGAGGUUAGCAAAAACACAGAAAAAAGAGGCAUCUACUGUAUCAUCUCCCUCUAAUCAGCGCCAACAACCGUUGGCUGAUCUUCGACGGCGGCUAUUUCCAGCAAUUGCAGAGCGACGUACAGAAGAUUCCAGUUCCAGCUCGGAUGACGAGGGUUAAUCUGAAAGAGGCUGCUGCUAUCAUGGAUGAUUUCGGAUCUUCGCUGGUGGCUAUCAUUUCCCAUAGAGUCUCUCACUGGUGUUAUCCAUAUAUUUCGAGGGAAUGGUGGGAAAGUGCAUCAAAACCAAAUAACAUUCCCGCUUCCACUUCUCUUCGAGGCCAAAUUGCACUGAAGCGGAUGGAUUAAUGGAGCUGAAAACAGAUAGUAAAUUAAAUUUCAGGUAGGAGCUCAAUGGGUGGAUUCAUCCCAUCAUGUAUUAACUUGGGAUCGAAUUCAAUAGUGGAGCAAUAGUUUCGAAAUACAAUACAGUUGCGAGGGCAAUCACUCCCGAAUGGCUAGCUAAGGAAGGCUCCUCUCGUCUCUCUCGACAGUAGCCGACUAGUCCGAUACGUGGAAGAUUUCUGUGCCUGUAACAUAACAUAACAUAACAUAAUUUAUAUUAAAUCUCAAUUCAAGAAAAACAAAACCUUGGUGUUUUAGUUGAUUUUCUUGUAAUUUUCUAAAAUCCCAAGAUUUAUUUACCAUAGUAUCUUUU